AUGAGAUUGGCGGGUACGAUUUUCAGUAAUGUUACCAAAAUGUUGGACUUUUAUUCACAAUUCAACCCAUCACCGCUUUCUAUAAAGCAGUUUAUUGAUUUCGGGCUGAAUGCGUGUGAAAGAAAAUCCUACCUGUUUUUAAGGAAGGAGCUGCCAGUAAGGUUAGCCAACAUAAUGAAAGAGAUAGCGCUACUUCCACAAAACCUUCUACAGAUGCCGUCGGUGGGUCUGGUGAACCAGUGGUACGAGCGGUCCUUCGAAGAGAUAAUAGAGUUCGAGAAGAGAGAACCCGAACCGCCAGUAUUGUCACAGUUUUGUGAACGUCUCGUCCAUAUAAGGAAUCGUCACGCAGACGUGGUACAGACGAUGGCUCAAGGGGUCCUCGAACUGAAGGAGUCCCACGAGGUGGAUCCCGGGAUAGAGAACUCCAUACAAUACUUCCUUGACAGAUUCUACAUGAGCAGGAUAUCUAUACGGAUGCUCAUCAAUCAGCAUACUAUCCUAUUCGGGGAGCAGCUGGGGGCCCGCCAAGCCUCUGUCAACGGCAUGGGCAAUGGCGGUCGCCACAUAGGCUCCAUCGACCCCGCGUGCGACGUCGCCGCAGUAGUGCGCGACGCGUACGAAAACGCGCGUUUCCUCUGCGACAGAUACUAUCUGGCGUCGCCGGAGCUGCAGCUGAUGCAGGAUGGACUGCCGAGCGCUCAGCCGCUGCCGAUCGUGUACGUGCCGUCUCAUCUGUACCAUAUGUUGUUCGAGCUGUUCAAGAACGCGAUGCGCGCCGUCAUGGAGUGCCACGAGAGCAGCCCGCCGCCGGUCUGCGUCAACAUUGUGCGCGGCAAAGAGGAUGUGUCCGUCAAGAUGUCAGACCGCGGCGGCGGGAUACCGCGCAGCGUGUCCGAUCUGCUGUUCAAGUACAUGUACAGCACCGCGCCGCAGCCAUCCAAGUCCGACCACACCGUGCCGCUAGCUGGCUACGGCUACGGGCUGCCCAUAUCGCGGCUGUACGCGCGCUACUUCCACGGCGACCUCGUGCUCAUGUCCUGCGAGGGGUACGGCACCGAUGCCGUCAUAUACCUCAAGGCGCUCUCCAAUGAAGCGAAUGAGCUGCUGCCGAUCUUCAACCGUACAUCAUCCAAGUUCUACCGCAGCACCCCCGCGCCUGCUGACUGGUCUGCGCCUGUGAUGGCGCCCUGCAAACGAGACAAGGGCUCCUCACCC